AUGAUCCCUUUCCGCAAGAGAGGCAUGUACCAAGCUAUGCAAAACGGCAUGUUUGGUUUUGGCGCAGUGGCAGGCGCCUCAUUUGGCGGUUCAAUCGCAGACUACAUUGGUUGGCGUUGGUGCUUCCUCCUACAGGUUCCCAUUUCGCUCGUGGCGCUUGUCCUGGGUGCCUUCGUGAUCAAGAACCCUGAAGGUGGGUUCAAUAUCGACACAAAGGACUUGCGGGCCGUUUGGACUCACGUUGAUGUUUCGGGAGCACUUCUCCUGGUACCUGCCGUGUCCGUCCAACUCAUCGGCCUCAGUCUGGGCGGUAAUGAAUUACCCUGGGGUAGCCCAGUAGUCAUUGGGACUCUUGUUGGCAGUGUUCUGUUGCUUGUCCUGUUCCUCUUUGUUGAGGCAAGGACACGAGCAAUCCCGGUCAUCCCGUUGCGCAUGCUCAAGGGCAGGCUUCCCGUCUUGACCCAACUUUCCAACGUCUGCGCUGGCUUUGCUGCAUAUGCGGUAAGCGAACGAUCUUCGUGUGAACUUGACUAUCGCUAA